AUGGUCGCACCCGUCCGUGUGAUUCCUAACGCUGCGAAGCGGGCAACGAGCCUCCUUCGUACGAUUCAAUAUACACACCCGCCUUCAUGUCCCUGCCACUCCAACCCAGGUUAUCACAAAGCCCCUCCGUCUAUUGUGCCCCGUGCGAGGGAGGCAGGUCGUCGGCAAUAUGCUACCCCCACAUCCGUCAACCAAGGGUUGAAGGAAUAUGCCUUUGAGAUGGCGGCUUCAUCCAUCCGCUUUGGCCCGGGUGUAACCCAGGAAGUCGGCAUGGAUUUCAAAAACAUGGGCGCGAAGAAGGUGUGUGUUGUCACGGAUCCUACUGUGGACAAGUUGGACGCCAUGAGGCAGGUGAGGGAGGGGUUGACAAGAGAGGGCAUCAGCUUUGAGGUCUUCUCCAAUGUGAGAAUCGAGCCGAAAGACAGCUCAAUCAAGGAAGCUAUCGAAUGGGUUCGUCCGUACCAGCCAGACGCCUUCCUGGCCGUCGGCGGCGGGUCGGUCAUGGAUACGGCCAAGUUAAUGAAUCUGUACUUGAACUACCCCGACGCUGACUUUUUGGACUUUGUUAAUGCUCCCCUCGGAAAGGGCCGACCUAUCGACAAACCUCUUUGCCCGCUUAUUGCUGUUCCUACCACUGCGGGGACUGGAAGUGAGACCACUGGCACAGCCAUCUUUGACCUUGUGUCCAAGCGAGCCAAGACUGGUGUCGCUCACAGAAACUUGAAGCCUACGCUGGGAAUAUGUGACCCCAUCAAUACACGUACCAUGCCUGCUGCUGUCAAGGCCAGCUCCGGACUGGACGUGCUCUGCCACUCUUUGGAGUCUUGGACGGCCAUUCCUUACAAUGAGCGCACCCCCCGUCCACCAAACCCAAUUAUGAGACCGGCUUAUCAGGGUGCCAAUCCCAUAUCGGAUGUCUUCUCCUUCCAUGCUCUUCGCCGCACGGUCAAGUACCUGCCUCGAGCUGUCAAGGAUCCCGAUGACUUUGAGGCGCAGAGCGAGAUGCUCCUUGCGGCCACUCUUGCUGGCGUCGGCUUUGGAAACGCGGGCGUUCACUUGUGUCACGGCAUGUCUUAUCCCAUCUCUGGACAGAACCCUGGAUAUAAACACGCCGGCUACGACGUGCCGGCACCCUUGAUUCCCCACGGCGUCUCCGUCGCUGUUUCUGCUCCCGCUGUCUUCCGAUUCACUGCUGCUUCAAAUCCCCAGAGACAUCUCGAAGCUGCUGAGGCUUUUGGCGUUGACACAUCUAAUGUGAAGCUGGAAAGUGCUGGUGAGGUGUUGGCAGAGGCAUUGACCAAGUUCCUUGCAGACCUAGGUGACCAGCCCGCAGGUCUCAAAGAGCUUGGCUUUGGCAGCCAGCACAUUGACGCCCUUGUCGAAGGCACCAUUCCGCAGGCUCGCGUACUCAUGUUGGCUCCAGGAUUAGAUAAGGAACUGCAAACUGAGAAGGAACAGCUCCGCAGACUCUUCGAAGACGCCAUGAAUCACUAA